AUGAACUUUAACCUUUCACCUCUGACUUGCCGUAGCAAAAUGUCUGCUUCUGUGCGUAUAAUGUUCAAGGUGUUUAAUCGCGUAUUUCUUUCAUUUUCGCAUCAAUGUCGUCAGAAUCAGAACGUCAAGCUGCUGCAGCAGUUCAUCAGUCCCCACACUGGACUGGUCUACGAUCCAACUCGGACUGGUGUGUGCAUGAAGCAGCAGAAGAGGCUGAACAAGGCCAUCCACACAGCAAGAGAUCAGGGCCUCAUUUCCUUCCAGGUUCCACACGUGGACUACUCAGGAGAGGAUUACUCCAACGCUCAUGAUGCUGUUGGAUGCACGCCACCCCCACCUUCCUCCACCUCAAGUGACACCUGGUACACCUGGUAUGGGAGGAUCACACCUGAUGAGCAGCUGGUGGCUAAAGUCAGGAAGAUGUACAAGCCUUAUUUAAAAAGUUAGAGUCAUGAAACAUGUCUGUACACGUGUCGACUGAACUGCACAAUAAACGUGAUGAGAACAGGUUUGAGUAUUUUAUUAA